UAAGCCCCUGGUAGAGAGAUAUCUUCUGGGGCACAAGAUGGUCAGCUUCUCUAUUCCAAGCCAGCACAGGCAGCGCAGCCAGCACGGAACUAUUGGUCUUGCAGUUUUUUGCAAGCAAGGAUUUAUAGUCUUGUUCGAUUCACUCACAACUGUUACUGGAGACGACGGAGGUGUAGUUGAGAAGCGGGGGAACUUUAAGAAGAUUGUGGAGGUGAGGAGUGAGCCAAGACUUCGAGUUGGCUUUGCUGGCAACGUGGCUGCGUCUUUACAAGUUAUUAAACUCUUGCAAGUCAAGCUAAGUAGGAAAGAGUUAACUCUUCAUGAAGCAGCCGAGUUUUUGACGAAGAAGGCAGGCCUUUAUGCAACCACAGAUCCAGACUUCGUUGCAUCGUUCUUUGUCUACAACGAGAGCAUGUUGGUGAUGGUCAAGAAUGACGGCAAUGGGUACAAGACAACGGAAGUUACAAAUGAGCAUUCCGUAAUGGCCAUUGGUUCCGGAGCACAACAAGCACAGGUGAUUCUGGGACAACCAGUCCGAGGACAGAACCAUGGAAAGGAGGCGAGUGUUGGAGAAGCUCUUUCGCUGGGUCUCGACGCUUUUGCUCAAGCUUGCAUCGAGAAUCCCGAAUGUGGAGGAGAUUUGUGCGUCAUCGAUGGCAGCGAGAACGUCAAGUUAUGUGGAGGGAAGUUCAAGAAAGUGCUUGCUCGAGCAGUGUCAGAUAAUUUUUCCUUCCAGUAUAAGAAGCGAGCAAUGCAACGGAAUGCUCUGAACAUCAGAACUAUAUUGUUCGAAAAGGAGGAGGAAGCUUUAACUUCUACUGCUUCGGCCAAGGAUUCUCCCGUUGAGAAGGUUGAGAACAUCACAGAAGUGGAUGGAGUUGUAAUGGUGAAAAAACGAGGUGGCUAUAUGCUUGCCACAGUAAUGGUACAAAACCAAGGUGCUUUUACGUUUGCCGCUCUUAGCUUCAAUUACAAAACAAGGGUUGUGAAAGAAGCGUUCAUUGUCCUGCAUGAUUGUCUGGUUCUAGCAAUGGCAAGUCAUGUUUAACUCCAGCAGCUACACUAACAUACUUUGUCAUGCUGCAAGCAGUAAAAGAACCUGUAUCGCAGAUAGAAGAGGAGGCAGUUGCUUCUUUGUUUGUUUGUCUUUUUUGCGUUUGCUCUUGUUCUUGCUGCAGGCCUCUGGAGGAGGGCACGACGUCGUCGUGAACGUCGGGCAACGCCUUUAUUCCAAAUAGCGCGCCUUGCUCUUUGUCGGGACUACAAAGAAAUAAAGCGUAUUAUUUUAAGGGAA